AUGGAGAACCAGACGGAGGUGAGCGAGUUCAUCCUACUGGGUCUGACCACACUCCAGGAGCUGCGGGGUUUCCUCUUCGCCCUCUUCCUGGUGCUCUACCUGACCAGCCUGCUGGGCAAUGGUGCCAUCCUGGUCGUGGUGAUGGCCGAGCCCCAGCUCCACUCCCCCAUGUACUUCUUCCUGGGUAACCUCUCCUGCUUGGACAUCUUCUACUCAACGGUCACCAUGCCCAAGUUGCUGGCUGGAUUCCUCUCUGGGCACCAGACCAUCUCCUACACCAGCUGCCUGGCCCAGCUCCACUUCUUCCACUUCCUGGGCAGCAGCGAGGGCAUCCUGUUGUCCGUCAUGGCCUAUGACCGCUACGUGGCCAUCUGCAACCCUCUGCGCUACAGGCUGGUCAUGAACCCAAAGGCCUGUCUGCUCCUGGCUACAGCCACCUGGGUCACUGGCUUCCUGCACGCCCUGAUGCACACGGUCAUGACCUCCCGGCUGCACUUCUGUGGCUCCCACCGCAUCCCCCACUUCUUCUGUGACAUCAAACCUCUCCUCAACUUGGCCUGUGGCAACACCCGCCUCAACCUGAGCCUCCUCAAUAUCGUCACCGGAGGCAUCGUGAUAGGCCCCUUCAUCCUCACGCUCCUCUCCUACCUCUACAUCAUCUCCUUCCUUUUCCUGAAGGUGCAGUCACGGGAGAGCAGGGUGAAGGCCUUCUCCACCCUCUCCUCCCACUUCAUGGUGGUGACUUUCCAGUACGUUCCUACCACCUUCAACUAUGUGAUGCCUAUUCUAGGGGACUCCCCAGAGAGGGACAUGAUAGCCACCCUCAUGUACAACACCGUCACCUCCGUCCUGAACCCCCUGAUCUACACCCUGAGGAACCAGGAGGUCAAAACUGCCCUGAGGAAAGUGCUAGGAAGGAAAUUGCUCUUUGGAAGGACAUGA